GCAGAGUAAAACAAGGAGAAGAAAAGAGUCUAAUUUAAGGAAUAUUAUGUCAAGCGGAGAAGAGAAGGCUCAAGGCGGUGAAUGGAGAGAAAGUGAUAAAAUGGAAGUAGAAACAGAUAUUUCUAAGACGGUGAUUGAUUUGACGGGGUCUCCAAAAGGGAUUAUUCAGGAGGAAGGAAGUGCUCUUAAAAAAUUGACAAUUAAAAACUUCCGAAAAACAUCAUUAGAAUCGCAGGAAAGAUAUUAUAAUGAUGUACUAGAAAAGCUUGAUAAGGCGCUUAUGACUAUAUUUGAAAGGAGGAAGAUUGUAUGGAGUCUUCAGGAAUUAUAUAAAGGUGUAGAGAAUUUAUGCCGAGCAUUUAAUCAGUCAAAUAAUGAAGAUCCAUGGGCAAUAAAGUGUUAUCGAAUUUUGGAAACUAGGUCAAAAGAAUCUAUAAAGUUACUUUUAUUGAAUAUUUUAGAGAAAAUAUCAUCAUUUAUACAGGAGGAAGGAGAAGUGGUUAAAAUAGUGAUUGAAAAAGGAUGGGAAGUAUGGAUUGAUCAGAUUUCGACGAUUAGAAAUAUAUUUUUUUAUUUUGAUCGUACAUUUCUUCUUAUUACACCAGGAUUAUCAUCAGUAUGGGAUACAGGUGUAAGCUUAUUUCGUGAAUAUCUUUUUAUGGAUAUAUCAGUUAAUGAACCUUUUUUUUUUGAUCUUUUUUCCAUAAUUGCAUCUAUACGAUCGUGUUGUAUGGAUUUUGAAAAAGCGCCUAAUAUUGUAUUAUUACAAUCAUCGAUAAAAAUGAUUAAUUCAUUAAAUCUUUAUACAUCUUUAUUUGAACCAAAAUUUAUCCAGGCCACAGAAAUAUAUUAUAAUAACAAAGCAUUGGAACUUAUAGAAAAAAGUUAUCCAGAGGAAUAUUUAUCUCAUGUUAAAGAAAUAUUAAAUAAGGAAGAAAAUUUUUGCAAUGAAUUUUUUUCAGAACAGACAAAAUCAAAAGUUAUUCAUAUAAUCGAGAUUCAAAUGAUAAAGAAUCAUUCAGAAUGCAUUGUUGAUAGAGGAUUUGAGAAAAUGAUGAUUGAAGGAAAUACUAAAUCUCUAAAAGACUUAUAUACACUUUUAAAAUCGGUCAAUCAAGUGGAAUUAAUUAAAGCUCAUUUGGCAGAAUAUAUCAAAAAAACAUGCAAAAAUUCGAUAUCAAAUUCUAAAAAUAAUUCAAAUAUAAUUCCUUCACUUCUAAAAUUUUACUCUACUUUGAAUUCAAUUAUUUCCGAAUGCUUCUUGUCAAAUGGAUCAUUUAUUCAAACACUUCGAGAAUGCUUUGAAUUUUUCAUCAAUAAUUCUGUCAAUAACAGUGCAGAAAUGCUAGCUAAACAUAUUGAUAAUAUGUUACGAUCCGGUAAUAAGUCUUUCGAUGAAGAAUCUCUUGGAAAUGAAAUGGAUAAAACAUUAGAACUUUUUAGAUUUAUACAGGGGAAAGAUAUUUUUGAAGCAUUUUAUAAAAGAGAUCUUGCUAAACGAUUAUUACUUAACAAAACUGCUAGUACCGAUGCAGAAAAAGCCAUGUUACUAAAACUUAAAACAGAAUGUGGAUCCGGAUUUACGCAAAAACUUGAAGGGAUGUUUAAGGAUAUAGAUAUUUCAAAAAAUUUUAUGGCAUUUUACAAGAAUUCAAAAUCAACUCAAGAAAAUCCACCAGUUUCAAAUUUGUAUGUAAAUAUUCUUUCACAAGCAUUUUGGCCAUCUUAUCCCAAUAUUUCCAUAAUUUUACCGGAAAAAAUGGAGAAAGAUUUAAAUUCAUUUUCAUCCUUUUAUUUUUCUAAAGAAAAAGAUAAAAAAUUAGCAUGGAGACAUAAUUUAGGGCAUUGUGUUGUAAAAGCAGAUUUUCCAAAAGGAAAAAAAGAGUUAAACGUUACUUUGUUUCAAGCAGUAGUCAUCCUUUUAUUCAAUAAUGUACCAGAUAAUAAAACGUUAUCAUACAAUGAAAUAAAAAAAUCUACAGGUUUAGAAGAUAAAGAGUUAAUUCGAACAUUGCAAUCAUUGGCCUGUGGAAAAGUUAGAGUACUUUUAAAAUCUUCUAAGGGAAAAGACAUAAAUACUACAGAUCUAUUUUUAAUUAAUCUUGCAUUUUCAGAAAAAUUAUUUAAAAUUAAAAUUAAUCAGAUUCAAUUAAAAGAAGUAUCAAAAGAAAAUAAAAUUAUUCAUGAAAAUAUACAAAAAGACCGUUCUUUUGAAAUUCAAGCUACUAUUGUUCGAAUAAUGAAAGCAAAAAAAAAAAGUCAUCAUACUGAAUUAGUUCAAGCGAGUAUAAAUAUAUUAAAACGAAGAGGCAUUAUAUCUGUCAAUGAAGUAGAAUCAACUAUCGAAAAACUUUUGGAAAAAGAAUAUAUAGAAAAAGAUGAAAAAAAUUGUAAUACAUACAUUUAUCUUGCAUAAGUUUCAAAAAUAAUUUGAAAAUAUACUGAUACCAAAGAUAUA